CGGCGGGCGCCGCGGUCGGGGCGGGCGCGCGCGGCAGCAUGGAGGAGCUGAGCAGCGUCGGCGAGCAGGUCUUCGCCGCCGAGUGCAUCCUGAGCAAGCGGCUCCGCAAGGGCAAGCUGGAGUACCUGGUCAAGUGGCGCGGCUGGUCCUCCAAACACAACAGCUGGGAGCCAGAGGAGAAUAUCCUGGACCCAAGGCUGCUCCUGGCCUUCCAGAAGAAGGAACAUGAGAAGGAGGUGCAGAGCCGGAAGAGAGGCAAGCGGCCCCGGGGCCGGCCGAGGAAGCACACGGUGGUGUCCUGUAGCCGGCACUCCAAACUUAAGGAGCCCGACGCUCCCUCCAAGUCCAGCAGCUCCUCGUCUUCGUCCACGUCUUCCUCCACCUCCUCUGACGAAGAGGACGACAGUGACUUAGAUGCCAAGAGGGGUCCCCGGGGCCGUGAGACCCACCCGGUGCCUCAGAAGAAGGCCCAGAUCUUGGUGGCCAAGCCCGAGUUGAAGGAUCCCAUCCGGAAGAAGCGGGGCCGCAAGCCCCUGCCUCCGGAGCAGAAGGCGGCCCGAAGACCCGUGAGCCUGGCCAAGGCGCUGAAGGCCGCCCGGAAGGACCUGGGGGCGCCGGCCGGCAAGCUGCCCCCUCCGCUCAGCGCCCCCGCGGCUGGCCUGGCCGCCCUGAAGGCCCACGCCAAGGAGGCCUGUGGUGGCCCCAGCGCCAUGGCCACCCCGGAGAACCUGGCCAGCCUGAUGAAGGGCAUGGCCGGCAGCCCCAGCCGGGGCGGCAUCAGCUGGCAGAGCUCCAUCGUCCACUACAUGAACCGAAUGAGCCAGAGCCAGGCCCAGGCUGCCAGCAGACUGGCCCUCAAGGCCCAGACCUCCGGCAAGUGCGGCCUCGGGCUGGACCUCAAGGUGAGGACGCAGAAGGGGGGGCUGGGGAUCAGCUCCCCAGGAAGCAAAGUCCCAAAGGCCCCCAGCAGUGGGGCCGUGGAGCAGAAAGGGGGGAACGCUGGGGGGCCCCCCUAUGUCCACAGUAGCAGCAAGGGCCCUGCAGCGUGCCUGGGUCCCCAGCCUGCACCCACCCAGGAGCUGAGUCUCCAGGUCUUGGACUUACAGAGUGUCAAGAAUGGCACAGCGGGGGUGGGCAUGGUCGCCCGCCAUGCCACAGCCGGCAAGGGUGUCCCUGCCACCAGCCCAGCCGUGGGGAAGAGCGUCGCCGGUGGCCCCACCGGGGGGAGCGGGGCGGCCAUGCCCUCCGACGGCAGCAAGAGUGAGAGGCUGCCCUCCAGGGUGACAGCUCUGCCCACGUCUGCGGGCAAGAGGGACUGUGUGAGGGGUAGCGCAGCCCCCGGCAGUCAGGAGGGCCACACAGCCCCUGGGGAAGGACGCAAGGCAGCCUUGGUGGCAGAGCUGAGCGCCGGGGAGGAGAGCAGCUCCGACUCAGACCCUGGCUCAGCCUCACCGCCCGGCGCCAAACAAAACCCAUCCGUGUCUGUCCAGACCAGCCAGGACUGGAAGCCCACCCGCAGCCUCAUCGAGCAUGUCUUCGUCACUGACGUCACUGCCAACCUCAUCACCGUCACGGUGAAGGAGUCCCCCACCAGCGUGGGCUUCUUCAGCCUGAGACAUUACUGAAACCCCACCCAGCUC